CCUACAACUGAAUUAAUUAGUCUAUUUUCCUUUGUGUGUUUCGUUUCAAUGGCAGUUUCAAAGCUGCUCUCUCUUACCCUAUUCAUCACUUUCCUUUGCGCCGUUAACAAUGGCCGAGUGGAAGCAACUCACGAGAUUUAUCCACAAUUUCAGUCUCUCAGCGCUGUUAGUGUCCACCAACUCCACAGAACUGCCUUCCACUUUCAGCCUCCUAAGAAUUGGAUCAACGAUCCAAACGCCCCAAUGUACUACAAUGGAAUAUACCAUUUUUUCUACCAAUAUAAUCCCAAAGGUGCAGUUUGGGGCAACAUUGUGUGGGCUCAUUCAGUUUCAAAAGACAUGAUCAAUUGGAAAGCACUUGAACCCGCAAUUUAUCCUUCACAUCGCUUCGAUAGAAAGGGAGCUUGGUCUGGCUCUGCCACCAUUCUUCCUGGCAAUAAACCCAUAAUUUUGUACACUGGGGUCGAUCCCAGUGACAGGCAAGUCCAAAACUACGCAGUCCCAGCAAAUUUAUCUGACCCUUAUCUACGAAAGUGGAUCAAGCCAGCUGGUUUAAACCCAGUUGUCGAUCCUGAAGCAGGCGUGAAUGCUAGUGCCUUUCGAGACCCAACCACUGCCUGGUGGUUGAGUGGUCACUGGAGAAUGGUAGUGGGAAGCAAAAGGAAUCACAGAGGGAUGGCCUAUCUGUAUAGAAGUAGAGAUUUCAUUCAUUGGAUCAAAGCUAAACACCCUUUACAUUCAGCACCCCACACAGGAAUGUGGGAAUGCCCUGAUUUUUACCCAGUUUUGUUAUCUGGUAAACAAGGUUUAGACACUUCUGUAGUGGGAAAACAAGUGAAGCAUGUUUUGAAAGUGAGCUUGGAUGUUACCAGAUAUGAUUACUACACAGUUGGGACAUAUUUAACUAAUGAGGAUCGAUAUGUGCCUGAUAAUACAUCCGUCGAUGGAUGGGCUGGCAUUAGAUAUGAUUAUGGGAAUUUUUAUGCUUCAAAGACAUUUUUUGACCCUGCUAAAAAGAGGAGGAUUUUGUGGGGGUGGGUUAAUGAAUCUGAUACCACUUCAGAUGAUGUUAGAAAAGGAUGGGCAGGAAUUCAGGCAAUUCCAAGAAUAGUGUGGCUCGAUCCAAGUCAAAGGCAAUUGAUGCAAUGGCCUAUUCAAGAGUUGGAGACUCUGAGAGGGACAAAUGUUAAAAUGAACCAUCAAAUGCUUAAAACAGGCGAUCAUAUUGAAGUCAAAGGAAUUUCUGCUGCUCAGGCUGAUGUUGAUGUUACCUUCUAUAUUCCUAGUUUGGAUAAAGUAGAAGCAUUUAACCUUGGUUGGAGUUUGACAGAUGCCCAACUUCUCUGUACCAAAAAGGGUUCAAAGGUUCAAGGUGGAAUUGGCCCAUUUGGGCUCUUGGCUUUAGCUUCUGAAAACCUAGAAGAAUAUACUCCAGUCUUCUUCAGAAUAUUCAAAAGUUCACAGAAACAUAUAGUCCUAUUAUGCUCUGAUGCAAGAAGUUCCUCAUUGAAGGAUGGUCUUUAUAAACCAUCAUUUGCUGGCUUUGUUGAUGUAGAUUUGACUGAUAAGAAGCUUUCACUGAGGAGUCUGAUUGAUCAUUCUGUAGUGGAAAGCUUCGGAGCUGGAGGAAAAACAUGCAUCACAUCUAGGGUUUAUCCUACGUUAGCAGUGCUUGAGAAUGCUCAUUUGUACGCAUUCAACAAUGGGACUGAGACAAUCAUUAUCGAGAAUCUUAAUGCAUGGAGCAUGAAGAAGCCUCUAAGGAUGAACUGAAAAGGGAUUGGAUUAAUGGGACUUUGAUUAUAUUGUGAAUUAAUAAGUUUUGCACGUCAAAUUGUGCAAAAUAUUGGUGAAUAUUAAGGUUGUAAUGUUAAGAUUCUACUGCCUAAAUAGUUAUGUUGGAAUUA